GGAGAAUUUCAUUCAAUCUAUUGACUAUGAUUUAUGGAUAGUCACUACUCAUGGUCCGUUUUUUCCUAUGACAACUGUAGGUGAACACCAAGUUCCUACUCCAAUGGACAAACUCACCACCGAAGACAAGAAAAAACUCUCUUUGAAUGCCAAAGCACUAAACGUGUUGUUUUGUGCCUUGGGUCAAGAUGAGUUUGCUAGGGUGAGUUCUUGCAAAUCCGCAAAGGAAGCAUGGAAGCUCUUAGAAGCCACUCACGAAGGAGAUAAAGACACAAAAGCUACCAAGAUAGCUUUAGGAACAUCCGAGUAUGAAAACUUCAAGAUGAAGGCCGGAGAAUCCGUUCAAGAUAUGAACAAACGAUUCAACCUCAUUGUCAACAAUUUGAGUAAGCUAAAUAAAGUUUAUCCUACUAGUGAGAUUAACACCAAGAUUAUAUUCUCUCUUCCUAGAGAGUGGCAUAGUUUUGUUGUAAAUUUGUUGCCCAAAUGUGCGGAUGUUGAAACCUCCACCAUUUGGAGCAGCCUAUACUCUCACGAACUUCUUUUGAAGAAAAUGAAGGAAAAAGAACAGGUUCCUAUCAUCAAGAAGACCAUGGCACUCAAAAUUGAUGACCAUCCAGAAAGCGAAGGAGAAAGUGAUGAGGAGCUUGCCAUGUUCAAGAGAUACAAGAAGUUUAUGAAAUGGAACAAGGGCGAAUCUUCAAAAAGAUUUCCAUCAAAGAAAGGUUUAGGUGAAGGGCAAUCCACCACAAGGCCUCCGUUGUUUGACGGAACGAACUACACCUAUUGGAAGGAGCGGAUGAGGAUUUACAUCCAAUCCACCAAUUUUCUCCUUUGGAGAAUUAUCAAAAAUGGUGAAGACGUGCCAAUGAAGAAGGUCGGGGAAACCAACGUUCUUAAGACCGAGAACGAGUAUGAUGCACAAGACAUCAAGAAAGUGGAAAACAAUGCCAAGGCCAUCAAUAUCAUCUAUUGUGCCGUAAACCCGGAUGACUACCGGAAGAUAUCUUGUUGCACCACCGCGAAUGAAAUGUGGGAUAAACUAGAAAUCACCUACGAAGGUGAACAAAAGAAGAAGGGGAUUGCACUCAAGGCUUCCUCAAGCCAAGAACCCGCCAUGGAGGAAUCAAGUGAUGAAGACAACGAGUUCGGGCUUGUCAUCAAGAAAUUCCACAAGUUCAUGCGCAAGGAGUAUGAACGAAAGGGUAAAAAGCAUGGAGGACCACCCAAGUGCUAUGGAUGUGGAGAAGUUGGGCAUAUCAAGCCAAAAUGCCCAAAUGCCAAAAACGAGAAAGAGAAGAAACCGUUCAAGAAGCACCGAGCUUACAUCUCGUGGGGAGGUGAUUCCGGCGACGAAUCAUCGGAAGGUGAAGAAAAUGAAAGCGCCAACCUUUGCCUCAUGGCACACGAGGAACCACCGGAAGAGGCUUUUGGGAUGGGGAAUACCAAGGAAAAAUUCAUGGCAAGCUUUCCAAAUGUCUUCUUUGAUUAUGUCCCAAGAGGUUCUGAAGAAAUGGCCAGUGAAGCCAUCAGGGCCUGGAGAGCUGUCAGGGCAGAGAUCCCAAAUGGCAGCUUUAACCUCUUCCAUGGAAGGGUUGUCAGUGUAGGCAUACUCAGCUUGUUUGAGGGUGUCUUCAAGCUUGGCUUUAGUCUUGAAAAUGUUCCCAAAAGUAUUUUUGUUCCAGUAUUGUAUGAUCCUCCUCAGAUGCCCCAGCUUAUAUAAAUGCAUAGACUCUAGGCACAUGACACCUUACGUAGCGUAAUUCAUUCUCUGUUAGUCGACGGCGGCUGCUCAUCUUCUGCGAUUCACACAAAAUUCCAAUUCUCCGAAGAAAUCUUUCAUUUUGUGCGAAUUUAUCAAAGCCAACGAGUGGCAAUCAGUCAUCAGCUGCAACGCAAUUUCGGUCGAAGAUGGUGAUGAUGUUGGCAAUUUCGGAACACAUCAGUGAUUCAAUGGGAUCUUUGCUCUUUUUUUGGUGGAUUUUAAUGUUAUCAAGUUUUUUUGGUCAACAUGGAAUAUGAAUGCUGCAGCCUGGAUUCACUGGAAGACACUUUUGUUUUAUGUAUAAGCAUUCACUGGAAGACACUUGUUUUAUGUAUAAGCAUUCACUGGAAGACACUUUUGUUUUAUGUAUAAGUAUGCUAGAUCCAUUCUAAUUACUACUGUUUUAAGCAUGUGUGGAGUAACUUAUUGUACUUAAUAAUUAAUACUUGUUGACAUU